UCACGCACCCUCCCUCAGUUGGUGUGCGGCUUGAGUAGAAGCAACAGCUGUGAGAACGUCGUGUCGGCCUAGUCUAGUAACCGGUCAACUUUAUACGAUGGCUACGAUGAAGAAGUGGGGCCGCGGGGAGUACUGGGGCCUGGGGAACGAGUUUGACCCAGACUGGGUGCUGACAGAGAAGCAGAAGAAGAUUCAAGAGGACCUCAUAGAGCUCUGUAGGGUUAAAAUCAGACCCAAUGCGAUCCAAUGUGACCGAGAAUACGAGUAUCCUAGAGAAUCCUUGAAUGCCUUAGCUGAACUGGGACUCUUAGGUCUCAUUGUGCCUGAGGAGAUGGGAGGUUUGGGGGAGGACCAUUUAUGCUGUGUCAUGGUCUGUGAAACAAUUGCUCGCUAUGGUUGUCCUUCUACUGCCAUGGUUUAUACCAUGCAUUUGGGAGCCGUUGCUACUCUACUCUUCCGUUGUCAAAAUAAUCUCCGAAGUAAGGAUGUUCUUACACGCUUGGACAAGGACAAACUAAUUGGGGGUCUCUCCUAUUCUGAUCCUGCUACAGGUGGACACAACUGGUAUCCACUGUCUUCCAAGGUAAAGUAUGUUGAUGAUGAUAACAUACAACUCCUAAAGUAUGGAGCGUGGUCCACUAGUGCUGGUUACGCUGACUGGUACACUGUUCAGACCAUCAGUCCCAAUCAUAAUGGUGACUUUUCUAACCUUUCCUGCUUCCUCGUUUUUAAGGAUGAAAUACGUGCAAAUACAGAUGACUGGAAGGCGCUGGGGAUGCACGGCAACAUGUCAGGCCCACUGGUUAUUGAGGGCAAGUUUAACCUGGAUAGAAUGGUUGGCCCACCUGGUGAUGGUCGUUUGAGUAAUGAUGAGUGCGCUGACCCAUACUUCCUACUGUGUUCCUCUGCCGUCUGGAAUGGUAUUUCCCUAGGCUGUCUGGAUGUAGCCAAGAGACAUGUCACUCGUAAAGCUCAUGCUGAUGUAGGAAUGAGAGUGUGUGAUUACCCAACCAUCCAGGACUAUUUUGGGGAGUGUACUUGUGAUACUAACUCCUCGCGGUCACUUACAUUGAUGCUGGCCCAAGCCCUGGACAACAAAACCAAUCAUAAUGACUGGUCACUUCACUCUGACCCUGAAUUCACUGUAAGGACAGAUCUCUUACAUUGGCUCUGGCAGACAAAAUUCAUUUCUGCUAAGAAUGUUACUCAUGUGAGUGACAAGAUGCUUCAUGCCUGUGGUGGAUCAGGAUACAAGGUUGACUUAGGCCUAGAGCGCCUUUUGCGGGAUGGCAAGGCUGGAUGGGUGAUGGGACCAUCCAAUGAGGUGCUACGACAAUUUAUGGGCAAAUCUGUUUUACUCGGCAUGGAUUCUCUUGAUUAUUGGGACCAGCAUACCAACAACCGGAUCAUUCAUAAUGAACUAAAGAAGAUGAACCUGGAGGAGAAGAAGAAGUUGGCCAAGACUCUCAUAGAAGAUGUGGAAUCAGAAGAGAAGGGGAUUGAGUUCAAACACCCAUUCCAAGAAACUGACUUUGAAAACCCUUUCAACACUUGCCCUCCUGCAGCUAAUGGUAAGAUUAUCAAGACACAGGAUGGUGUGUGUCAUGCCCCAGCACUGAAGCCUGACAAAUGGGUACCACUCGCCCUCAAGUCAUACACAGAUGUGAGUGACAAGAUGGGAGCUUUUGUUUUCUCGCUGCCUAAGGAUACUGACCACACAGGAUGCUUUGCUGGACAGUAUGUUGUGGUUAAAGUUAUCAUCAAGGGAAAGGAACAGCUGCGCUACUUCUCACCUGUGUCUUGUCCAAAUGACUUUGGUUAUAUUGAAUUGGUCCUGAGGUUUGAGACACAGGGUCUUAUCUCCCAGCACUUCCAACUCCUUAAACCAGGAGACAAGGUAGAAUUCCAAGGCCCGUGUGGAGGAUUUGAAUAUGAGGAAAACCAGCUGGACGAGCUGACACUGUUAGCAUCAGGAGGUGGCAUCACCCCGGGUAUGCAGCUCAUCCGCCAAAGCAUGAAAAAUGUCAGUGAUAAAACCAAGAUAAAACUUAUAUAUUUCUCUGAAAAUCAUGAUGAGAUCCUGUAUCAUGAAGAGCUCGACCAGUAUGCAGCCAAAGAUGAUCGAUUGAAGAUCGUAUACUCCUUGGGUGAAGCACCUGCAAACUGGGAGGGUGAAGAGGGCUUCAUAGACACCCAAAUGAUUGACAAACAUGUUUCCAAACCCAAUGGUUUGAAGCACAAGAUUGUGAUGUGUGGCGGCCCAACUAUGAGCAUAUCGUGCCUUUAUUCCCUACGGUCGCUUGGCUUCCCCUCUUCGAACAUCUUCAUAUAUGGACAGUUUGGUACAGAGCAAGUGAAAACAGUGUAUGGCAGAAAUGUAAAACUUGCCAGUCAUCGUUGUGACAAUGCUGUCUAAUACAUUGUGUAUAUUCUGUUAUUUUAAGGAGAGGUUAAUGUGCUAAGCAUUGUAUGAAAGCUAUUUGGGAGUAAAGACAAAAUUGUGAGCAGGUUCCAUCCAAAAGUUAUUAUAGUACCA